GCGACGUUUGGCCGCGAUGGCUGUUGUUCUGUCAGAGAUUGACGAGGACUUUGAUUUGCUUCCACGAAAACGGCGUUGUUGGCGGAAAGACUGGAUAGGAAGGAAAGAAUUGGGGAUCCAGAACCUGCUCUACGAAGAGCUCCUGAAGACUGACCUCGACGAAUACCGGAGGCUACUUCGUGUUAGCAGAGAGCAGUUUCUGCAACUGCUGUCACGCGUGGGGCCCCGCAUACGAAGGGAGGAUACCGUUAUGCGCCGUUCUAUAUCGGCGGAAACACGGCUGCAGGUGACACUGCGGUACCUUGCUUCAGGAGAGAGUCACUAUUCCCUGAGCCGACAGUUUAGGCUCGGUCAUUCAAGUGUGAAUGACAUUAUACAUGAAACAUGUACUGCCAUUUACGAGGAACUGGGAAGCAACUUUAUAAGAACACCCCGCACAGAGGAGGAAUGGAAAUACGUGAUGGAAGGCUUUCAUAACAAGUGGAACUUCCCGAACUGCAUUGGGGCCAUGGAUGGCAAGCACGUACUCAUAAAGAAGCCACCAAAUUCGGGAACUAUUUACAGGAACUACAAGAAAAGCUUCAGUAUAAUUCUCUUCGCUGUCGUCGACGCAAAUUACCGGUUUUUGUACACUGAUGUCGGUGCACCAGGCUCAGAAGGAGACGCUGCGGUCUGGCAAACGACACCCCUACAGAGAGACGUAGGAAACAGAAGUGCAGGCCUGCCAGAACUUGUGAAGGUGUCCAGCUCACCUGAUGUGCUCUUUCCACCUGUGUUCGUUGCAGACGACGCAUUUCCUAUGGGACGGAAUUUAAUGAAACCUUUUGGGGGCACAAAUCUGACAGAAGAUAAGAAGAUCUUUAAUUACAGGCUGUCAAGGGCUCGCCGUGUCGUCAAAAACGCUUUUGGGAUACUGGCAAACCGCUUCGGGUGUUUCCACACAGUCAUCAAUGCAUCUCCAGAGAGGGUGACUGCCAUCGUGAAUGCGGCAUGUGUGCUGCACAAUUUUUUAAGAAACGAUGUCAUCAGCGUGCCAGACUUAAAAGUCGAACCAAACCCUGCUGGGUCACUCCUGUCCGGCCAAGCAGCGUCGCGUGGUAGAAUUGGUGCUGUUGGUGCUGCAGUGCGUGAUAAGCUGUGUUCGUUCUUCAAUGACACGGGCGCCGUGCCAUGGCAGCGGCAGUUUGCCCACUUGGAUGUGAGCAUCUACAGAAAACCUCGAAAUUGAAUACAGAUGUCAAC